AUGAAUAUAAUGCUCAUCAAAAAGGACAAAUGCUCAAAGGGGACGCAGUAUUGCCAGACCAGCAACGACGUGAGUUCCACGACUAUUGUGCUUGCGGUGGUGAUACCCGUCGCUGUUGUGGCAAUGGUGGUCGCGUUUUUCAUCUGGAGAGCCUGGAAACGUAAUAAGAAGGAGGCUCUUGAGGACAAUGAUCCCGACUUUUACGGUGAAAAUACCGUGUUACCGGACUAUCCAAUAAAGGAAGAAAUAUUUGCAGGCAGGAACGCUAGUGAGAAUCCAUUUGAUGCGUCGAAUACUCGUUACCCCCAAGCAGCCCUUGACGAAAAGGAGCAGAGCUUUAACAAUAAGGCAGGAUCUUAUUAUAACACGUCUCAAUUAAGCCUUGGAACAGACAAUAUGCUUGGAACCCCACGCGCCCACGUGGAGUCUUUUGUUUUGCCUCGCGUUGACGAUUCCACCUCCAAGCAUUCCUUGGAUCAGCUCUCUAGACAACUUGGAGGCGUGUAUCCGGGAUACAAGGUCCCAGAGAGUGUUAGGCUCAGCUCUAACAAUCAUUCCAGAAAGUCUUUGUUUUCAGAGAAUUCCGGAGAUCUCACUGGUUUUGAGAGAUCCACUGAGGACUUGGGCAGAACUCUUGGGCCACAUAGCUCGGACAAGUCUCCAGAAACUCCUCAGAAAUCCUCAACAGUUUACUCUCAACCUGAUAAUACAUGCUCCCCGCCAACUUCUGGUCCUCCUGGUGACCCAGAGGAAUCUGACGAUGAUAAGUUCUACGAAACGACCGAUCCAGGGCACCGGAUGUCCUAUGAUGCCGGAGAUAGUCACAAGUACUCGUUCGACGACACAGAUGCUUCUGUGGUGCAUCGCCAUAGCCACGAGUUGGAUGCCAAUAUCCAGCCGCUAGACAUCGAGCCGGAUCAUGAGAAUCCCGAUCAAUUUGCGUCCGAUUACGUUCCAGAAAGCUUGCCAGGGGAAAAGUAUACUAAUAAGCCAGAGAAUGAGAUUGUGUCCAGCUCUUCGAUGAGUAAAGCUCUUCCAGAACCUGAAAAUGGGGAAGUUCCCGAUUUAAACGAAGCUCUUGUAGAGGAGCAGAUACCGAUUUCACCUGAAGAGGAGGAACAGAUCAACAGAAUGAAGUCUGUUUACAAAGUCUAUUUCUCAAGAGAGAAUUCUCUGAAGUCGAAGAAGUCAAACCACAUGUUUUUCGAGGACCAGGAUAUGCCACCUUUGCCGCAGCUGCCACAAAACCAGGAGCAAGAUAUGCCACAUGAGCCAGCAUAUGUAACUGAGCCAGGCCACGAAAACGUCUCUGCACCUCCAAAGGGUGCAGAGGCGGAUUUCAAUCACUCUGCUAGUAACGGCAGACCAGAGCUUAGAUUGGACACUUCAGUGAACGAUCAUCGUGCAAGCUAUUCGUCCUCUGUCUACUUGGACGACGGAGCGGUUCCCGUGCAACAGCACGGUCACCCAUUCUAUCCUCACCAGCAUAUCCAGAACAUUUUGAACCAGCAACAGUCGCAGGCGCAUUACUUCCGUCAAACGGCUGCACAACAGAGAAAGCCUCAGCACUAUCCUGUCAAGCAGAAGCUCGAAAACCUUCCGUCGCCCCACGAGCUGAACAACAGAAACUCUGCUUUGGAGACCUUCACACAGUUUGAGAAGCAACGCAAAUAUACUGGCAAGAAGGGACAGUCUCCGGUGGUGAUGCAGCAAAAUUUCAGUCCUAUCGAGAACACGCAAUGGGGACCGAGCCAGACAAACUCAUCCCAGCCUUCGCCUCACCAGAUCAGAGACUCAAUCUCCAUGUUCAAUCCUGUGGAUAUCAACUACAAGAAGACCUACAAGCCUAGCGGAACGCUAGCCGAACAAGUCCGCAAGGUUUCUCCUAGCGCACGGUCAUUCUCUCCAACAUCUUCCGGAUUUGCAUACGACGACCAGAUGCCGCGGCCAAUGACCAGAGUGGGUUCUGAGACGCUUAUUCCAAAAUCAGGCUCCCAAGCCGAUCUUAGAAAAUAUGUAGACAAUGCCAACCUAUAG